AUGGCGUGCACCAUGCUGUCCUCCAAGGCCUCCAUUUCGGGGGCCCGCACCCUAAAUGCCCCACAGCAGACCCGCGCCAAGGUGGCAAAGCCAGUUAUCAGCUGCUCCGCCCUGCCCUCCCGGCAGGCCUGUGUGGGACCCGCUGCUGCCGCGGCCCUGGCCCUGGCCCUCGGUUUGGGGGCGGUGGAGCCAGCACAGGCUGACGUGGCAGGGCUCACCCCCUGCUCCCAGAGCAAGGCUUUUGCCAAGAGGGAGAAGAAUGAGAUCAAGAAUCUGAACCGUCGCCUGAAGAACUACGACGAGGGCACCGCGCCGGCGAUCGCCCUGCAGGCCAACAUCAAGAACGUGGAGCGGCGCUUCGCCGCGUACGGCCGCGGCAACCUGCUGUGCGGCAACGACGGCCUGCCGCACCUGAUCGCGGACCCGGGCCUGGCCCUGCGCUACAACCACGCGGGGGAGGUGCUGGUCCCCACCAUCGGCUUCAUCUACUUUGCGGGCUGGAUCGGGUACGCCGGCAGCAAGUACCUGCAGGAGACCAAGCUGGCGGCCAAGCCUUUCAACCGCGAGAUCAUCAUCGACGUCCCCGCCGCCUGGCGCAACCUGUGGGAGGGCUUCCUCUGGCCCGUGCGGGCGGUGGCGGACUGGAGGACCGGCAACCUGCUGGCCGACGAUGACAAGAUCACCGUCUCGCCGCGCUAG